AUGGAUUUUGUUCAAGACAUGAAUAUCGAGCACUCGGGGCUGUCUCACGAGAAUAUUCAGCUAGAGCAAUCAUAUCCCGUUCAGCAGAAACGACAUCUUUCUUAUGGAAUUGACGUGGGGGAUCCAGGGACUGCAAAACGUCGUGCAGCGCGGAAAGCCCACUUUAAAUCAAGAACGCCAGGCUUAGGCGCUGGAAGCCUUAGAAUGGCUUCAACAUCACCUGCGGCGCACCAACCAAUGCCGUUGCUCUCGGGAGUAUCGUCUUAUCGCGAAUCCUCGCCUUCCUAUCUCCCAACAACAUCGAGCGCCAAUUUGGAUCAGGCAGCAGCAGUAAAUGACAAUGGCAGUGUUGCAUUGCCGGAGUCUUGUAGGAACUCCAGCAGUACUAGCAGCAUGGCAAAUGCAAGGUCGUCGAAAAGUUAUCGGCAGCAUCAUGUAAGGUCCGGCAGCAUACAGGACGCUUCAGACGCUGCGUUUGACCAAAAACCUAGCACGUUUACCCGUGGUGGUGAUAACUAUCACGAAUCACAGCAUUCUGACUAUAAAACUAACACUCCGGGUGAUAAUCCUGGAAAAACUAAUAAUCCCAGCAACGACAAUAGCAGCAACAAUAGCAGCAGCGAUAAAAAGCAUAACGACGAAAACAAUGAAAACAGCAGUAGCCAAAGCAACAAUAAUAAUAACAAUAACCCUAACGAUAACUCUCAACCAGUUGCUCAAACUUCGAGCCAAACGAGUCAGGCACUCGUGCAGAAGUUGCAAGACAUUUAUCGCAGCAUCGUGAAACAAGAAGUUGAACUUCAAGAGCGAUGCUCGCAACUCACAUUUUCUCAAACAACGGACCUGAAAAACUUAUGGGCGAUUUACAAAGUGAACGCGGAACUCAUCAAUAACUACGUUGCGUUCAUAACUACCGCGCUACUCCCAAGCCAGCCAGAGCGCGAUUCACUAAUAGGUCAAGAAAUUGUGAACAUAUACCGCAUUGAACGUCGAUUAUGGGUUAACGGAACAAUCACCUUCCUCGACGUUUUGAAGAAUUUCUCCAAUUUUAUGGACCCAGAAGUAUGCUGUCAGUUCAUAACUCAUGUGUUCAACUCCAUCUCCAACAUGCUUUAUGACAUGCCUCCAAAGCACGCAAUUCCUUGGCUUGAAAGACUAGGAGAUCUUUCGAGAAUGGCUAUCGCUCUGUAUCCCACAGGGGUCAUCGACUGGAAGCUGAGUGCUGAGCAUUGGUAUAAUCAAGCUCUUGCAUGCAUCUAUGGACACGGUAAGCUAUACUAUCAUAUGUCUACGGUCCAGCAAAACACUUUGGAGGCUUUCGUCAAUCUAGGCAAAAGCGUCUUCUGUCGUGACACUUUCAUUCCUUCGCAGCAAUAUAUGCAGCUUGUCAUCGACAACAUUUAUCAAAGAGCUUUUGCCGAAAGAAAUGUUGGUAAUCAGCGAAACUCUCUGAUGGUAGACUACCUUAAGCAUAGCGAAGUUAUGCUUCUGUCAAGCUUCCUCGAAAGCCCCGAACUACAAAAGGUCGUGCUGACUUUUUUUCAGCACAAAUUUGGCCUUUCCUCUGGCUCCAAGGACUUCUUCAGUCAUCGUGACUUGUUUCUGCAGGACGGAGAACGCAUAAAGUACUUCUUCAGACAUGCUCCGCUUUUUGCCGAAUCACACAUUCUACAACUAGUAGGCUUUGGGGAUCCAAAAAAUCCUUUUGCGCUUCUUUUCGAACUACCGAAGUUUUUGAAAGAGAGAAAAGAACGCAAAGAAAGAAGAAAAUCGAAAGGCUCCAACGCUGUAGAUCCGCCUAAUAUGAACAACCCUCAAGAAUAUCUGGACACGGUGGACUCGCCUAAAAUCGCUUAUGAGUUUCCAGAAAACAUUGAGAUUUGGAAACUAUCAUUAGAUCACAUUAAUCUGACCUCGAUGCGGUGUAGCACUAUUCUACUAAGAAAUUUUUUGCACGGUCCAUUGGUUGUCGGUGCCGCGCAUCUUUUACCAUGGGCAUAUUUUCUGUUGUCUCUAGCAGUGAGAAUCGAAGCUCUGCCGACUGAGGAGCUGAGGAAAUUCUGGUCAUUUUUGGUAAGACUUGUGAUACCAUGGGAAAGCAUUAUCAAUUUUUUGAACAUGCUUAUCGCAUUUGCACUCGACAAUGUUUCCAAAACGUCGCCAAUCGACACUUUGUGUGAGCAGUAUGACAGUGUGGAUGUCAAGGCUCUAGUCGAGCAUUUCAGCAGAAAUGAAGACUUGCCUGAAGUAUGGAAAUGCUGGGGUACGUUAUGGUUUGAUGUUCUUUCGAAGAAGUCUGAUGUUGGCAAUGAAAGUUUUCAAAAUGCGGGGAUUAAGGAUUCUUCAUUUUUGGAUGGGCCUGCUGAUGGCAUAGGGUUUGAUCAAGAAGAUGAAACCGGCGAAAAAUUCUGGAAACGUACUUGCCGUUUAAUUUUCAUUUUUAAGGGAUUAGCUGAGAACUACGAUGUAGGACUUGCUCUAUCAACAGUUCCUGUUCCUUCGAGACGUCCUUUAAUAGUGGGACACCCCUUACAAAACUUCUCCUUCAAGUUCAAACGAAAUGAGACUUACUCAGAAAACCUUGCAUAUUUAGCAGAAGUCCUCUCAUACUUUGAGGACAUCAGCCCGAAAAAUUUGUCAUUUGAAGCAACUCCGGGUCUCAGCAUGCUUGAAGGCGAGAGUAUUUUUGAUUUCCCAGGCUACAGACAACUUCACCCAGAUUAUACAUGUUUCAAUAAGGCCGGUGGACUCAUUACGUGCUCUUUGUACACAUCAGGAAAUCUGGAGAAGGGAGCAAUUCAGGGAGGAGAUGAUUUCAAUACAGUGAGGUACAACGGGCAGGACGGUUUCACUAAUUCUAACGAGCCACAAACGAACGAGCUCGAUAAGCUAGAAAGAGAAUGGCUCGACACGUGUAUGGACCCCGAGUUUAUUGAGCAGACCUUGAUAAACAAGUUUCCCUAUGGGGACUUAUCUUGCUAUUGUGAUAGUGGAGUCUCCUAUUUUGUGCUCGACGCUACAUCCUGGUUGCGCCAUUUCGCUCAUGUUCACAAGCUGGCAACCAACGGCCUUCUUCGCUUUGCGAUAUGUCUGACGACGUUUCAGGAGCUUCGUUUUCUCAGGAAGUCAAAAGACGAGAGCGUCGUGGAAGCUGCUACUCGAGCCGUCAUAACGGUUAGACAAUUGUACAGUGAGAAGAAGCUGCUCCCAUUACGCUUCACUGGCAACGUUGCCACACAUUUGGAGGAACAUUUAGAGUUUGAAGAACAAAUCACCUGGCGCUCCCACGUCGACGAAUUUGUCAUUGAGGCAGUUUACAAAGCUCAAAACAAAUUCCAGAAUCUCAACAAGGAAUCCAAAGAGACACAUCAGAAUCACAUCGCUACAACUGAGGACGAACCAUUUCAUUUCGUAGUCUUGGUCAGUGAUGACACCAAUAUGCGGCUCAAAGCCCAUUCUCAGAAAAUAAGAACUUUUAGCAGCAGGUUUAUGUUUGCAGUGUGCAACCAAUUCGGACUAGCGCGACAUGCAUGCACAAACUGA